CAAGAAUAAGCUUGUGGUUACUAAAAUCUCAUUUUUGAUCUCAUCAAAAUACAAGUCAUAAAUAUUCCCAAAACCCAAGAAUUUAUCAAAUUCAUCACACAAUUCAAUCCUAAAAACCUCUUUAAUCUGAAACCCAUUUUCUCAUCCUAAUCGAUCCAGGAUUUAGCAAGCGGUGAGUAAAUUGUGUUCUGUAAGUGUAAGGAAUUUGUUGUUUCUAUUACUUGGCAUGGGAGUUGUGAGUAUAUCUAGUUCAGCUUCUCGGACACUAAUAAGGUUAAGCGAAAGGUUCGCAGAAUUACAUUCUCCGUUGAAAAGACCAUUGAUCUUGGCAUUUAAUACCGAUAAAAAGAAGAACAUUUUGAUUACACCAAGUGAGCCGAUUAGGAUACCGGUGGAGAGCCCAAAAGAGAGCAAGAGAUUAAGAAGAUCGGAGAAUAAGCCUGCAAAAAGAGUUAAAGCUGUUGCUAUUGAUGAAGCUCCUUUUUGUACUUUAGACUUGGAUUUUAAUGAAGCUGCUGUCAAACUUGAAAAUCUCUAUAACUUGAGUCCACCAUCUGAUGUUUCUGAUUUGGAGGAUAUAGGAAGUCGUGUUGUGAAGAGACGUCGUCGAUAUAGGAAGAAAGCGGGAGAAGGCAACAAGGAGGAUGGCAGAGAAGUGAAUGAUUUUGUGGUGAGGAAUCCGGAGAAAAAAGCAAAGAGGUUGAAUCUUGCUAAUAGGAUUGCAUCCAGAAGGAAGGAGGAAGAGGAAGAAGAAUCUGUGUCAAGUCAGGGGUAUAAAGACAGUGUCGAGCAAAGGAAUGUAAAUAGGCUUAUUAGGGAGUACUCUGUCGCGACUGAUCAUGUGAGCAUGGACUGGAAGAAGAUGAAAAUACCACCAGUUCUUCCUGCUUCAGAGCAUGCUUGGUUGUUCAAAUUGAUGCAACCCAUGAAGGCGCUACUUGAGUCCAAGGAUAUGUUACAUAAAGACAUUGGAAAGGAACCCACUUCUAAUGAAUUAGCAGCUGCAGUUAAUAUGAGUUCUGUCGAAGUCCGGAAACAUUUAAGGGUUGGUCGAGCCGCGAGAAACAAACUGAUAAAGCACAAUCUCCGCCUAGUUUUAUUUGCAAUCAACAAAUACUUUCAAGAGUUUGCAAAUGGUGCGAAGUUUCAAGACCUUUGCCAAGCAGGGGCAAAGGGUCUCAUUGUAGCCAUUGACCGUUUUGAACCAAAACGAAAGUCUCAAUUGUCUACAUAUGGUCUCUUUUGGAUUAGGCACGCAAUAAUGCGGUCGAUGACGCUUUCGAGUUUUACACGUGUUUCCUAUGGCCUUGAAUCGGUUAGAGUGGAGAUCCAGAAAACGAAAUUGCAGCUGAUGUUCGAGCUCAACAGGAUACCUGAGGAGGAGGAGAUAGCGGAAAAGAUGGGAAUAUCUCUAGAGAGAUACCAUGAAGUGAUGAGAGCUUCCCAAGGUGUCAUCUCACUCCAUGCAAGACAUAAUACCACGCAAGAGGAAUUCAUCAAUGGAAUUACUGAUUUUGAUGGUGAUAAACGGAGUCUACCGGCUCUUCUUAGGCUUGCAGUCGAUGAUGUGCUCGACUCGCUGAAGCCUAAGGAGAACUUAGUGAUCAGACAGAGAUAUGGACUUGAUGGUAAAGGUGACAGAACACUUGGAGAGAUUGCAGGAAACCUUAAUAUUUCAAGAGAGAUGGUUCGGAAACAUGAAGUGAAAGCACUUAUGAAGCUCAAGCACCCAACUCGAGUAGAUUACCUGCGUAGGCAUAUUUUCUAAACUCCUUUCCUAACGAUAUCUCCCGCUCUUUAAAAAUAAGAUCUACUCUGCAUCAUAUCCUAUUACAUCUCCACACAAUGCCUAUAGAUAUAGUUGCCAGGGAUAUCCGGAUAUGUGUAUUGCAGUUCAGUUUGCAUAUAGUUUACAUGGGAUUUGUAAAUCAUAGUAGUUUCGUUUACUGCAUUAGCACAGACAGACGUACAUAUUUUGCGGACAUGUAAUUCAUAUACUCAGACAGAGUAAAUAUCGUAGAAUUGAAGUGUAUGUAAUUUGUAAUGUAUACUCUGUACCAAGAAAAUGAGCCUUAUACAUGAAUAUAAGCUAUAGAAUUUUGAGUUAUACUGAAA